AUGGCCUCCACUAGUAUCACUUGUAUUUCUUCCAUAUUGGAUGAUCUGCAAGCGCUGGAGAACGAUUGUCCAGAAUUUCCAAAUGGGCAGCAGAAGUACCUGAAACGCAUGCUAAGAUAUCUGAGAACAUUUCUUCUGUGUGCGAGAAAAUACAGCAACGAUGAUGUGCAAUUACCAUUUAACAACAAAAAGAACCAGACAGAUAAUCAUUAUGCAAGCAUAGAAGCUCUGGCAGUUCGGAUUGGAGAUGCCAUUCCCAAGUGGGCAAAGGAGAUCCAAUCUUCUGAUCAGCCUAGGGAUACGCAGUCCAGUAAUUCGCUCGUUCGAAAAGAUGACCUCGUGGAAUUCAUGGAUUCUCUUCUGGAGAAUCUAGUGAAUUAUUGGUCAUGGAUUCGGCCGGCACAUGAAGUUGGACUAAUUAAAGCCCUUGAAGAGAAGCUGGCGUUCAUGAAAUACUUCAUCCGUUUUGUCAAACUGUAUGGUGUUCAAAACACAGAAUUGGGACCUUUGUUGGUUCACACUGAAGCUGUGGCUAUCAAUGCAGCACGCCUCUCUUAUAAGUGCCAGUUUAAGAAGGGUUUCGGACCGCCCAAGAAUGUCGUGGAAAGCAUUUCGGAACUGCUGCAGAAGAUUAUUCCUGUUGAACCUCAAGUCCUCGACACUUGUAUCCAGGCCCUGGCUGCUUCAAAGUUAUCAAGACAAUCACAUGGAGACACAGAUGAGCAUCUGUUGAGAGACUUCUUCCAUUCCCUCUUGUGUAAUCUUUGGGAGAAACUAAAGCAUGGUACUUGUCCUGUGAUUUUGCGUCAGCUGCAAAUGUUUUACGAGGGGUUAAAUUCCUUGAGAACCAUUUUGAAGGAGAAGCCAAAGGAGUUCGAUGAGAAAGUAAGAGAUCCUACUCGAGUCGUGAAAUGUUAUGGAGGAGAUUUUAUUUCCCCACUCUCUCUGAAUGCAAUCAAAGACGCCAUACAAGCCAAGGAUAUGGAUAUUGUGUGUUCUGAGUUAUUGGAAAUAAUUAAGCUCAUCGAUGCAGUAAUCACAGAGAAGUGUCCAGAAUCAUCAUCAUUCAAUUUUCCUAAGACCAAUGGACUGGGCUUUGUUGAUUCCCUUCUGGAAAAGAUGAUGGAUGUGACAAGUUCUGAGGCUGGCUCGAUUGCUUUGAUCGAUCAUCCAAUUCAAAAAGUCCAGGAAGAACUUGUUUGUUUACGCUCUUUGCUGAGGAAAAUUGUGAAGCUGCACAAUGAAGACGAGGACGUCCAGGCAAUUUGGAAUCGUAUUGUUGGGGUGGCAUAUAGGAUAGAGUUUCUUAUUGACUCCUUAAUAACUGGAAAUAUCUUUGAUUCUUCUUCAAUGUCCAUUCAUUCCAUUUUAGAAGAAAUGAACAUCAUUAAAGCUGCAGCCUUGAAGAUUUGUGGUAGCGAAAGACUUGGUGGAGAAGUAAAGGAACUAACGAAGAGAUUCAAUCACAUGCCACAACAAGGAAGUAAGCCAAUAGUCAAUGAUGUGGUGGUGGGAUUCGAGGAUGAGACGGCAUCGAUAAUCAAUGGACUCAGAAAUGGAUCAUGCCAAGUGAAAAUUGUUUCCAUUGUGGGCAUGCUUCCUGAGGAUGUUUUUAAGAUGGGUGAAGAAGAUCUGGCUCUUCAAGUCAAAAGACGUUUGCUGAAAAACAGAUAUCUCAUUGUUUUGGAUGAUGUAUGGGACAUUGAUGCAUGGAACGGAUUGGAAGCCUCAUUCCCUGAUGAUGGAAAUGGAAGUAGAGCUAUCUUGACAAGUCGGCUCCGUGGUGUUGCUCCGCAAGACAAACUCGACCAAGAACCACAUUCUCUUCGUCAACUCACUCCUAAUGAGAGCUGGGAUUUGCUAAAAGGGAAGUUAUAUCCUGGACAAGAUUUGGCUCCUCCAGAACUAUGUGAAAUUCGACAGCAAGUAGUGGAAAUGUGUCAAGGACUACCUCUUACGGUUGUUAUUCUUGCCGGAAUUCUCUCAAGGAUGGACCCAAAUGGUUGGAAAGAAGCUGUGGAAGGUUUAAGUUCAAGGAAUGUUUCUAGUACGGAACAGUGUACCGCUACACUAGAGCUGAGUUUCAAACAUUUACCUGAUACUUUGAUGGCGUGUUUUCUUUAUUUUGGAGCCUUUCCAGAAGACCAUGAGCACAAUACCAAGAGGUUGAUUUCUCUAUGGGUCGCUGAAGGAUUUGUUCAAAAAACUCAGCUCAAGAGAACAGAGGAUGUGGCAAAUGAUUACCUGAUGGAACUUAUUAGUAGAAGCUUAGUCAUAGUUUCGAAACCAAGAUCCAUUGAUGGGGUCAAAGCUUGCCGCAUUCACGAUUUGUUAUAUGAGUUUUGUGUGACAAAAGCCAAAGAAGAAAAGCUUUUGCAGCUGGUACGUAGGUAUGAUGACUUAACUGCUUUCACCAUGCCAUGCUACCUACGCCGCUUAUGCGUUGAUUCUAAGGUCGAGCACUUAGACAAUGUUGGGCUCUGA